GCAGAUGUUUCUCAAGGGGAGUGUCAUUGCCAGGCAGUUGGAGCUGGAGCUGGAGAAUACGGGUCUCUCUGAGGCGGACAUUGCCAAAUACCCCGAGUGGCUGGCGUACGAAGUGGAAAACUCGCUCUGUAUACGGCAGACGCAGGCGGACGUAGCGAAAAGUCUUGUGGAGGACACCACGACUAACAAACUACUGCAACUCAACAUGGGCGAGGGCAAGACUGCGGUCAUUAUUCCGCUCGUUGUUGCUGCGGUCGGCAGUCGCAGCGCCGCCGGAAGGGAGGCGAAGCUGGCUAUGGUGACGGUACUGCAAUCGCUUUUUCUGACGAACGGCCGCGAGUUGCAGUUUCAGCUUGGUGGCGUGAUGUCCCGACGGAUUGUUCCUUUUCUGUUCCGACGCGACUUGGAACUCAGUAAGCCGGAGAACUGGGUAACCGACCUGAAACAGUUGCUCAAAGACGGCGGUGUAGUGAUUACCACUCCGGAAUAUCGCCUCUCCCUCGAAAACAGAGCGCUGGAGUGUGGUUCUAGGGAGAGUUCCCACUUCUGUACGAAGGCUGCCGCUUCUCUACACAGUAUCCGUCAAAUUUUCGACCGGCGCACAAGAUCCUUUUUAGACGAGAGCGAUGAGAUUCUUCUUCCGAGCCGGCAACUGAUGUACACACUCGGGGUGGCGGGGGCGAUGGAUGGGGCCGAGAUGCGGCAUCGUCUGGCGUCACUCGUGUUGCAGAUAUCGUCGGAGCUGGGGCCCGAUUUGCGCGACAAGUACGGUUCAGCAGUGGUUGAAAUCGGAAGUAGUGACGACUCGCCACUGCACCAGCAGGAAUACCGAGUCAUCCGUUUGCUACGCCACGCGGAUGAACCAAAAGCGUACGCAGAGCUGCAGAGACUGAUAGUGGAAGAGAUCCUCCAUCGCGGAUUUUUGAAACUCCGGCCAGAAGAGGUGCAAGCCUUUAAGCGCCUCGUCCUGCAGUCGUCGUACGACAAGCUGGAUCUGCGCACCUUGGAGGAAAAGAACUCGCGCAUCGUCGCCCUGACGCUCCGAGGGCUACUCGGGUUCGACGUGCUGCGGUGCGUUCUUCAGAAACGAUACCGAGUCAAUUACGGCAUCCACCCGACGCGCACAAAAUACGAGCUCGCUGUUCCGUUUAUUGCCAAGGACUUGGCAAGUGAGCGGAACGAAUUUGCUCAUGCGGAGGUUCUCUUGCUCUGCACCGUCGCGAGCUAUUUCCAGCGUGGUCUCAACCUGUGCCAAAUGGAGACGGUCUUCCGCAAACUCGGACAAAUCUCCGCUUCUGAGGCGGACGCGCUCUACGCUAGUUGGCUGCCAAAGAAGGUGGGCACCUCGGUGCCAGACACCAGCAGCACUAGCGCCACUUCCGUGAGGCGUUCAGCGCCCUCUGCGCGGACGGGUGUGAACCUGGCGGAUCAGGAGCACUUUCGCCAGGUGGUGCAUCCUUCGUUUUGUCGCAACAUGUCGGUGAUCGACUUCUACCUGCGGCGCAUGGUGUUUCCGGAACAGGCAAAACAGUUCCCGCAAAAGCUCGUCGCGACGCCGUGGGAUUUGUGUCGCGACUCGAGCUUGCAUUCCGACUGGACCAGCAUCACGCAAGGAUUUUCCGGCACCGAUGACACAAAACUUCUGAACCCAGAAACUAUUCAACAGCGAAAUCCACCGCACUUGAAGCACACCACCGGGCUGCAGCUCAUCAACCUCCUCCGCGAAGAGAACAACACGUAUGUGCCGCUGAAGCUGCAGGACCACGCGGAGGCGAUUCUGCAGCUGUUCAGGAAAACCGGCGCUGUCACGGUGAUUCUGGAUCCAGGAGCGUUGGUGCUCAAAUACUCCAGCAAGCAAUUCGCCGAGAAAAUGCUGGCCGCUCGUACGGACCGCAACUACGUGGUUUUUUUCGAUGAGAUCCACGACAUCCAGGUGCUGUCACGCAGUGGCGAGAUAACAAGGUUCAAUCUCAGCCCCUGCGCGAGUGAUAUGUCGUGCGCGUUCCUGUAUCUCGACGACGCACACUGCCGGGGUUCGGAUUUCAAGUUGCCCCUCACCGCGCGGGCGAUUCUCACCCUCGGCGCCAACAUGUGUAAAGACAAACUUCUGCAAAGCAGCAUGCGGCUGCGACAGUUGGGAAGGGGCCAGAGUUUGCUCUUCGUAGCGAGUCAUGAAGUAAACACGCAGUUGAAGGCUUACUUAGCAGCCAGUAAGAAGAAUAAUGGCGGCUCCAUUCCUGAGCUGGCAGUUGUGAGCGCGGUGGUUUCUUGGGCGUUGCAGAACACGUGCCGACGAAUUGCUGAUCUUGUGACCUACUUCGCAGCCCAGUGCCGCUCCUCGAUGACUAAAGCAGAAGCGUAUUCGACCUCGAAAACGCUGGAGGACCUGUCCAGCGCGUGUCUCGAGAGCGAAGUUUUGCAGCUGGAGCGGUUGUAUGGACAGUCGAGGGAAGAGCGUCCGCUUACCGAGCUUGCGCGGGCGCGCCUGGGGGCGUUUGCAAAGAACAAGGGCAGCAGUAGUUCGUCGGCGAUGGAGAUCUUCGCGAAGAGGAUUGUCAAGCGGAUAGAAUCCAUGGUUCCCCGGGUAACACGCAGUGCGGGCGGUCUGGACGAGGAGCAGGAGCGGGAAUUGCAGCAGGAAUUGGAGCAGGAAGUGCAAGUACACCGACCGCCAUCGGCGAAUCCCGUACAGGAGUCUUCGAUUUCCUCUGGGCUGGAGUGCUUUCUCAAACCGGCGCGUUCUACCCGCGAGCUGCUACCACUCGCAGCAGCUUUCGAAGCAACCAGCAUGGCCGGUCAAGUGGAGGGUAUGUUUGCAAACAUUUCAUCGUCGACGUCGAAGAAGAGCGACACGAAAUCUUCGUGGACAGUGUUCAUCACAUCCAACUUUCAGAAGACCGUCGCGGUGAAGCGAAACGCAGACCCGUACAUGAAAGCACCCCGCUGGGUCGUCGUCGACACGAAUCGCUGCUGUGCCGUUCUUGUCUCAAAUUUUGAGGCGGAAAACUGCAUGCGGCUACUUGCACUUGACGGUCCCAAAGCGACACCUGACCACGACUUCGACCAGCAGGAGAAUGGCGACGAGGAAAAAAGCACCAAAGGUUCUUCCGAUGUGUCGUCGAAGAAAAAGGCUGAGUUGAGCAAAGCAACAGGUAAAAAAACUACUGCGUUUUCCCAUGAAGCAAAGGUGCAGAUGAUGAAGAUUCUUGUAGCUGCGAAAAAGAAUCAUGAGAAGGACGCUGCAAAGAAGAACAAGAACAACAAAACGACGGCUGCAACAGCCUCUAAACUGAAGAGCAACUCUUGUUCUACUGGUGCAGCGUCCAGCAGCUCGAAGGCAAUAACGGUUGCGGCGACUACGUCGUCCGUGAGAGUGAGCUCGAAGCUCUGCCUCGUUCCAUUUUCAGCGGUGGUCCGCCUGGGGCAGAAAACCUGGAUUGAGCCGGUGCCCAUUCCGCCGUCAAUCCACGUGUUUGGCGGGAGUGUGUAUGCGCCGAUAGAGUUGAGGAAGCAGAUGUUCCUGUACCUCGGGCUUGCGCCCCGACCGCAAGGGGACGGGCUGGACGCGCGAGAUUGGGACAAAAAGUUCAAUUCUGGCAAACUGCAGCGCGACGGAUUUGUCUUGCCCAAGGAUCGAUCCGCGGCGAUGCUAGCGCUGUGUCCAUUCCAAAGCACCCCGGUGGAAAUGCUGAGCAGACUGUACAACACAGGGCGCGAUUUGGGAACGGCCCUCCGAGCCUCCCCGUUUGCGUCGGUGCUCGGCUGCGCGCUCAACUUCUAGAGCAGCAGCCGAAGGGACUUGAAUAUAGCGAAAAUGGAAUUGAGAAUGAAUCAAAUAAUCUCAGUAUGUGUAUAUGACGUAGUAGAAGAGCUCCUACAACUCCUUUGUACGAAACGAAUUUCUAUCCCGCCUAUGUGGGAGACAGGUGCAAGUCCGC